CGACACGUGAUCCUCAUCAUCAAAACACACGUAUCAAAACCAUUAUACUAGUUCGAGAUACUCCAAGUCAGGGAAGGAGGGAAUCUGGGAGAGAAACCGGAAACCAUGAAUGGCUUUUACUUUGGGGGUGACUCUGCAAGCGCCUCAUCGGCAGACGACGAGGACAAUCUACCAUACCCAGAAGCUCUCCCGAGGAGUGAUUUCUUGGUUCCCAACUUUGACGCAUCCGACUACCUCUCCACCCUUGCAGACCGCCAUCAAACCCUGGAGGACUUACGUACAGAUCUGAGAGAACGGUCCCAAGCAUUGUCUAAAGAGCUCCUCGAUCUCGUCAAUGUUAACUACGAGCAAUUUCUAAGUCUUGGCUCGGACCUUCGUGGUGGAGAGGAGAAGGUUGAGGAUGUUCGUGUGGGCCUCCUAGGUCUCAAACGAGGAUUUGAAGAAGUGAGGGGCAAGAUAAAGGCCAAGGGCCAGGAUGUUGAUGGCCUGCUCAGCGAGAAGUCACAGAUCAACAAGGAGAUCAGUGCGGCACGAACUAUGCUGGAGCUCGAUGCCACGUUAGAAGAAUUGGAGGAGAAUCUCAUGAUGGGUUCUGUGGAUAGACAGACCCGGGACGAGGUUUGGAGUGAUAGCGAAGACGAUGAGGAUGAGGGUGGGCUCACCCCUGAUAUGGCCACAGGAGGUGCCAACAUCAGAAAGUUGCAGCGUCUUGUAAAGGAUUACUGCCACGUCGUUCGUAUGGCUCGAGCGGCCGGCCACGAAAAUGCAUUCGUUGCUACACAGCAGCAGCGGAUAGGGAGAGUCAGGGGCGUCCUACUUCUAGAUCUUAAUACGGCCCUAAAAGAGGCCAAUGGGUCUGACGAUUCUUCUCGAGCGCGCCUGGUCAAGGUGAUGGGCAUUUACAGAGAGAUGGAUGAAGCUGCCGAGGCCGUGAAGGUGCUGAAUGGUUCAGAGUUUCGAGGGUAGCAGCAGUUUGGGGACACAUAGCUCAGGCGUUUUAAUUCUAUACCCGGGAAAGACAAUGUGAAUAUUGUACUGUACAACUAAAAAUACAAGCUAUUGCUCUAUAAUA